AUGGCUCCCUCUGCUGCUCAUACCGCGGAUGGCAUCCUUCCGCCUAUCGAUCUCAAGGCCAUUCGUCCUUUUUGGAAGAGAAGAAACGGCAUCCUGCUCUACUUCCUUCUUACUUCGUCGCUCUUCACGAGCGCUGCUCUUGGCAUCGAUGGGUCCAUGACCAAUGGCAUGCAGGUCCUGCCCACUUGGCAGGAACGAUUCGGCCACCCAACGGGCUCAAAGCUAGGCUUCUUCGGCGCUUCCAACGCCAUUGGCGGAGUGAUACCGUUCCUCACGCUGAGCUGGAUGGGUGACAAGUUUGGCCGCCGCAUCCCCACCGCCCUGGGCUCCCUGGUCAUCAUCAUCGGCGUCCUUGUUGAGUUCUUUGCAACUUCGCUCAACAUGUACAUUGGCGGCAAGAUGGUUCUUGGCUUUGGGAGCGGCUUGGUGCAAAUGACGGCUGCUGUCCUGGUGACGGAGCUAAGCCACCCCAAGGAGCGAGUCCAGGUGACGACGUUCUACAAUACCUCCAUUGUUCUGGGUUACGUCAUUGGCGCUUGGGCAACGUAUGGCUGUUUCCGGAUCCCCAACCAGUGGUCGUGGAGAUUGCCUACUCUCAUUCAGAUUGUCCCCUCUGCGUACCAGCUCGCGUUGAUCUUCUUCUCUCCAGAGUCUCCCCGGUGGCUGGUUGCCAAGGGCAGGAAGGAGGAGGCAAGGGAAAUCUUGGUCAAGUAUCACGGCGAAUGCGACCCCGGUUCCCCUGUGGUUGCGUUCGAGUUUGCGGAAAUCCAAGAGGUUAUUGCCAAGGAAGCCGAGCAAAACAUGACCUGGAGGGAAUUCUUCUCGUCCGUCCCCAACCUGAAACGAAUCGGUCUCUGUUUUGCGACGGCAGUCUUUAGCCAAAGCUCUGGAAAUCUGCUCGUGUCCAACUACCUGACCCAGAUUCUUAAAGACACCGGCGUCAACGCUGACAAGGACAUUACUCUUGUCAAUGGCAUGGUCACGCUGUGGCAGUACAUGGUCGCUCUGACUGUCACUGUCAUAAUAGACAAGUUUAAGCGACGGACAUUCUUCCUCGUUGGUUCCGGGGGUGUCGUCGUCACAUUCGUUGUUUGGACCAUUGCUGCCCAGCAGUAUCUCGAGAAGAAUUCGCUAGCUGCAGGCCGUGUGGUGCUUGCCUGCAUCUUCAUCUUCCAAGCAUUUUACACUUUUGCAUGGACCAACUUGGUUGUCACCUACCCCCUCGAGGUCGUCACGUACCAGAUGCGGGCCAAGACGUGGGCGUUUGUGCUGUUGACUAUUCAAGUUGCGUCCAUCUUUGGAGGCUAUGUGAACCCAAUUGGCUUGGAGAAUAUUGGCUGGAAGUUCUACAUCUACUACUGUGUUUGGGUGACAAUCAUUUUCCUCGUCGUCUACUUCUUCUUCGUUGAGACUGCAGGACCAACACUUGAGGAACUCGCAUAUCUGUUUGAUGGCGCCGAGGCAAAGAUGAAUAUCAUGCAUGCGACAAAGGGAAUAGAGGAUUCCGCAGCGCACAUGGAGGAGAAGCCAGGGCAGAAGUUGGUUUAA